ACCGAAGUAAACCGGCUGGUUCAAUUGGUCUUCGGUUUACUUUCCUAAUUUGAUAAUGUGCUUGGUUUAACUCACAAAAUCAACUCCUUAUUGAAUGAUUCAAUCUUCCUUCGGCUCUCUCGAUCUGAAUCUCAGGAAGCACAAAACAAGAUUCGAAUCUAGUUUAAAGGGAUAAUUGUGAAUGGCAAACACGGCUUGCUUUAUGAUUGUGGCUCGGAAUGAUAUUCCAAUCUAUGAAGCUGAAGUUGGCUCUGCUGCUAAAAGAGAAGAUGCUGCUCAGUUGCACCAGUUUAUAUUACAUGCCGCAUUAGAUGUCGUCCAAGACUUAGCAUGGACUACAAGUGCCAUGUUCUUGAAGUCUGUCGACAGGUUUAACGAUCUGGUUGUCUCAGUCUAUGUUACUGCAGGUCAUACUCGUCUCAUGCUCCUUCACGAUUCACGCAAUGAGGAUGGCAUCAAGAGCUUCUUUCAGGAGGUCCAUGAGCUUUAUAUUAAGAUUCUUCUGAAUCCCUUGUAUCUGCCUGGUUCUCGCAUCACAUCGACGCAUUUUGACACCAAGGUACGUGCACUCGCAAGAAAGUACCUCUAGAGAAGACACGAGAUCCUAUCUCCAGCUCAGUUUUCUUGGAUCCAUAUGGCUAUUGUUUGUCUCAUGCUGGGUGUCAGUUGAAUUUACUUGUAUGACUUUCAAGCACAUUCCAUAGCUUCAUCUUUGAUUGUUAGAAACUAUGGAAAACAGAGGAGUUUUAUUAAGAGUUUCCUUUGCAAUUUA